AUGAAAAGUUAUGUAUUGGUAUUCUCUCAGUCGCAUACAAAUUUUCGAUUAGCUGAAUUCGAGAGCGUUUGUUCGUUAUAUCAGAUUGCAACACACUCGUCGAGUUCAAUAUUAACUGAGAAACAUGUUUUCGUCAUGGAGUUCGAAUCAGAUGCGUGCGUUCGGAAGAUUCUCUCAAGGUCGAUGCUGCUCAAGACAGCGCUGGAACUGAUAGCGUUCGGUGAUAACUACGACCAACUGGUCAACGCUCUUCGCGCUAAAACCACUCAACUGCAGAAAUACAAUUCGCCACAACAGUCAUUCGCGAUUCGUAUUCGUCCAAUUGGAAGGAAGCGUGAUGCGGCAUAUUGCAGUCAGAUUAUUAAUAAGCUAGGAGACGUGUUACCAUUGGACGAUAGUCCGAUUGAUCUGGAAAAUGCGGAGAAUAUGUUCACAGUGAUCGAAGAGUAUAAUGGAAAGUCGAAUCAGAGUGAUUCUUCUCCUGACACUGUCUACUUUGGAAGGCUCAUUGGUCACGGUCAGUAUCGUCUGAAGAAUACUUAUAAUUUGAAAGAUCGAUGCUACAUCGGUAAUACAACUAUGGAUCCAGAGUUGUCUUUUAUACAGGCCAAUUUAAUACGAGCCAGUGCUGGUUCCAUUGUUCUGGAUCCAUUUUGUGGUACAGGUGGACUUCUAGUACCCGUGGCACAUUUUGGUGGUAUUGUUUUGGGUACGGAGAUUAACUAUCAGAUUGCUAAAGCAGUUGGUAAAUCAUCUCGAGUUGGUGUAAAAUAUCUGACAGAAGAGCAGUCAGUCUAUGCGAAUUUCGAACAGUAUUCACUCGAUGAUCGUUUCAUGUCACUGAUAAUAGCAGAUGCUAGUCAGCAUGAAAUAUGGAGGAGAGCAUCGAAGGAUAAUACUGAUGGUGUGGAUGAGAAUGACGGUAUUUUUGAUGCGAUCGUUGCCGACCGUUAUUAUGAAUACUUCAUGUUUUUUUUNUUUUUUUUGCAGUCAUUGAAUGUGUCUUCGUAUAUUCUAGCACCGUAUGGAGUACGCGAGAAAGGCCGUAAAGUUGGUAAUAAGGAACGAAAAGCGCAUUGGACAUUACCUGGAAGUGAACAUGCAACGCAUUAUCCAGAGAAGAAGAAAUACGCUUUGAAUUCGGUAUUCCUCGACUUGCUUGACUUGGCUGCUCAUGUGCUCGUCAUUGGUGGAAGGCUAUCGUUUUGGUUUCCGGUCUUUCUUGGAGAGUAUUCUGAGGCUGUACUUCCCCGUCACAAUGCAUUGAAAUUGGUCGCCAAUUGUGAGCAGCCUCUUGGUACGAAAUAUUCCAGGCGUCUUUUAGUAUAUGAGAAAACUCGAGCACGAAGUGACGGCGAUAAAGCGUUCGUUGAGGAAGACUGUUAUGCGGAGACGACGUUUCGACAACGAAUAUUCGUCAAUAAUGAUUAA